AUGGAAUCGAACCGCCGCGAUUCAGCCGAUGCGACUAGCUCAUCGUCAACCACCGGAGAAGGCGGUAUCUCCGGCGGUGGAGAAGCUUUAGCUCGAGGCUUAUCCGCGAUGCUCGAGUCUGUUAUUAAGGACUUCGACUCUAAAGCCAAUGAUACGCUGAAUAGCCAAAACCAACUCUCCAAUUCGCUCGAUCGGUUAGUCCAAGAGCUUGAUCAAUUGUUGGAAAACGCUCCAUUACCAUUCAUAGUGCAACACGCAUCGAGAAUCUCAAGCGUCAAACAAAAAGUAUCAUCAUUGAAUCUUGUGCUUAAAUCUAUACAGAGACGUAUUGAUAACAUCGAUCAGAUGCUCUCGACCAACAUCACACAAGAGAAAACAACCUCGGAAACUUCAUGA